AUGAAAUUGACAUCAUUUUUAUAUUUGUAAUUGCUCUUUUUGGUAGCUUUUACUAUAAUGCCAAUGCCAAAAUAAUUUGAAAAGGGAGAAAAGACAGUGAAAAUUUAAUAGAGAUGUGCAAUUAAGUUUUCUUCUUAAUAAGAAUUUCCUGAUCAUAUUAUGUAAUUGUUACGUCAUUAUCAUGAAUUAAUGACAUUGAAUUCAAAUUGUUAAUUUGAAGAGUCACUCAAAAAAUAAAAUCUUUAGAUAGAAGGGUCAUUAAAAUUAAAUAUCAAUCUAUAAAGUGAUGAACAAUUAUAUUGGGUCAAUGAUACAAAAUAAGAAGCAUAUACUGUAGAAAUAGAUGAAAAAUUAAAUGUUAUUAUUAAUGCUCCUAAUCAUUGGGCUUUAGCAAGAGCUAUUGAUACAGUCCAUUAACUCACAGAAAAUAAUGAAGUAGAAAAUGUAAUCUAAUAUAAAAUAUUUCAAAGCUUCCUUUAAAAAUCUAUGAUGAACCAGCUUAUGCUUAUAGAGGAGUAAUGGUUGAUACUGCAAGACAUUUUUUACCUCUAAAGAUUUUAGAAAGAACCAUUGAUGCAUUAGUUAUAAAUAAGAUGAAUGUUUUACAUUGGCAUAUAACAGAUGAUGAAAGCUUUCCUCUAUUAUUAACUAAUUAUAGUUAAAUAACAAAUACAUCUAAACAUUGGGAGACUGCUUAUUUCACAAAAUCUGAUGUCUCUUACAUUAUAGAAUAUGCAUCUAUAAGAGGAGUUUAGAUAAUUCCUGAAAUAGAUUCUCCUGCACAUGCUUAAUCUUGGGGAAGAUCAUCAGACCUUGCAGAAAUGAUAAUAACAUGUGGUAGUACUAUAAAAUAAUAUGGAUAAUUUGAUCCAACUUUAGAUUUAACAUAUGAAGUCUUAAAGUCUGUGAUGUAAGAUUUAAAUGAUAUGUUUGCUAAAGUAUAAUUUAUUCAUUUUGGUGGAGAUGAAGCUAGUAAUUCAUGUUUUGAUUAAAGACCAUCAAUAAAAUAAUUUAUGGUUGAUCAUGGAAUUGCAACAUAUUUUGAUCUUUAAGUUUAUUAUAGAUAAAGAUAAAAAGACAUAUGGAAAAAUUAAAUCAAAUCUACAAAAAGAAUUGCUUAUUGGUACAAUAAAAAUGAUCAACUUCCUGCUGAAGAUGAUGAUAUUAUUCAUUGGUGGGGAUUAACAUCUUAAUUGGUAGAUGUAAAAAAUAGAACAAAUGAUUUUAUUUUAAGUGAUUAUCAUCCAUUAUAUUUGGAUGUUGGAGUUGGAAAUGCAUUUGGUAAUUCAUAUGAUGCUUACUAAACAUGGAAAGAUUUUUAUAAAUGGUCUCCAUAACCACCAGAAGGAUUUAAAGGAAAUAUUAUAGGAGGAGAAGCUCCUUUAUGGGGUGAAACAAAUAAUUAAAAUACUCAUUUUUAGAAAAUGUUUUUAAGAUCUUCUAUUUUAGGUGAUACGUAAUAUUUUUAUUAUAUUAAAUAGAUUAUGGAAUCCUAAUUCAAAAUAAACUGAAUAAUUUUGGUAAUUUACUCAAAGAUUAAGUGAAAUGGAAGAUAGAAUGAAUAAGUAUGGAUUUCCUGUAUCUCCAUUUACACAUGAUUAUUGUAAAAGACAUACUAAAUUAUGUUUCCCAACUUUAUAUGGAAAUGAUUAAAAUAAUUAAGAUGUAUCUGAAUCAUAAUCAGAGUCAUAAUCCAAUAUCAUUUUAUAAAGUUAAAUUGAAUGA